UACAUAAACAGAUAACGUGGAAACUAUGGGGCGACAGAUGUAAAUAGCAUUGACACAUCCAAGACAAUCCGACACGGCAGUCAUUUACAGCCAUCGCUACGCUCUUCUGCUUGCGCCGACACAAGUUUUGCUUGUUUUUCAAGCAUCUCAUAUUUGUUAUAAGGUUCAGAUGGUAAUUGUUAUGUCACUAAAUAAGUGAGUGAACAUAAUUCUUGCUUCAAUCUGUUAUCAAUGGAAAGUGAGCAGCACGCUGAAGAAAAGACUGCGCGAGUGGUUGUGUACCGAAACGGAACAAAUCGCGAUGGAAAGGUGUUUCUGGUUCCCGGAUCUCUCGACGAGCUUCUCAAAGCUAUCAGUUCCAAGUUCGGAAUCCGAGCUAAACGUCUGUUCACCAGUAGAGGUGGAGAGAUCGACGACACAAGUCUGAUAAGGGACGAAGAAACCUUGUUUGUUUCAUCUGGCGAAAGCUUUACUGACACGUCAUCCUCAGCAUCACAGCCCCUGGCCUGUGGUAACCCAGACUGGGUCUUGCUUAACGUGGGAGGAAAGCACUUCGCUACUACAAGAAGCACAUUGGUUUCCAAAGAGCCCUGCUCUAUGCUUGGUCGUCUGUUCAGCAAAGGUGCUGAUGGCGUAGUAUGGCCAAGUGCCAAGGACAGCCACGGAGCUUACUUGGUUGAUCGAAGCCCUACCUAUUUUGAGCCAUUGCUCAACUACCUUAGGCACGGGCAGCUUAUUCUGGAUCGAGGGGUUUCGCCACGGGGUGUCUUAGAAGAAGCAAAGUUUUAUGGAAUUGAGUCCGUCAUUCCAGAGCUGGAACGGAUUAGUCAGCAGAGUGAGUGUGAUCCUGGUGACUGCCUUCCACUCACAAGGCAAGAUGUGAUUCGAAUCCUCACCAGAACAUCUCACCUGUCAGAACUUCGAUUUCAGGGUGUGGAUCUGUCGGGUGCAGACCUGUCUCGACUGGACUUGCGCCACAUCAAUUUCAAGUGGGCCAACCUGCGCAAAUGUCGCCUAACAUGGGCCAACCUGAGUUACUGUUGCCUCGAGCGUGCUGACCUCACCUUGGCCAACCUCGAGGGUGCGCAACUAGUUGGAGCCAAAAUGAUGCGUGCCAACAUGGAGGCAGCCCACCUACGCUCUUGUAACAUGGAGGACCCUGCUGGAAACAGUGCCAACCUGGAAGGAGUGAACCUGAAGGAUGCUGAUCUGGAUGGUAGCCAAAUGGCAGGGGUGAACCUCAGAGUUGCAACACUCAAGAAUGCAAAUCUACAGAACUGCCAUUUGCGUCAAGCCAUCCUCGCUGGUGCUGAUCUCGAGAACUGCAACUUGUCUGGAAGCGACCUACACGAAGCGAACCUUCGGGGUGCCAACCUCAAGGAUGCUGUCAUGGAGCUCAUGUUGACACCACUGCACAUGGCUCAGGCCAUCUGAUGACUGCUCUGUGCGUGUGUGUGCCUAUCAAGCAGUGGUGCGAUUUCCCGGUGGAUUCCCAUCUUCCUCACUCUGGUGAAACUGUUAUCAGGUGGCCCAUGAUGGCAGUACCUGAUCUGCUCCAGUCUAUUCUUUGUUGCAUCAGCACUUGUUGCAUUCUUGUUGCACCACCAGCUACUUCAUGUGCAUUCGGAAACACAAGUUUUGUAUUUUGCAUUUGUUCUUUGCUUAGCUUGUUUCCGCAUUUCUAUUGCUUUAUGUUAGCCUUUUAACAGCAAUAACUGUAAAAAGUUGCAGGAAGUCCAGAUGCUAAUAUAUGUUUGUUAUGGUGCUUCUUGCGAUAGCCUCAUGAUGACAAACACACAAAAUAUAUGCAUAACUGUAUCCUUAUUUUCUUUUUUCUGAACAAGUACAAAGUAAGGGGGUAUUUAACUAGAUUUCAUUUAAUAAUGUUUUGAAUGCAUAAACACACUCUGCAAGCAUAAUUUUUUUUUAUGAAUAUAUCCACUUACCUUACGCCAAGUAACAUUAAUUUGUGUGACAUGGUGUGGUGCAAAAACAAAAAGACACACUACCCUCUUUUUCUUUGAAAUGUGAGCACAUGACAAGUGUUCUCUGUGAAGUGUGAACCACUCUACAGUUGAACUCAGAUGUUCAAGCACUGUGUAAGCUGCUACACAGUUAGUGCUUAGCCUUCUCAUGUAAAUGUUACAUGUAUCUUAAUCCGAGAACUUAUACACUUGAGUGACUGUUAAAAUAAAAAGAUGGCAAGUCCUUGCUAAUACAUUGAUUUCUGAGUCACAGCAUUCAAAGUCACAAUUUAUUAGUUUCUUGUAUUAAGUUGAGCUUCAUAAUAAGCAGCCAAAUGCCACCUUGCUCCCACAGUCUGAUGUAUGCAAAUUUCACUGUACAUAAUAAAUUUAUGGCACAUCAUGGUUGAAGUUCCGACACUGCAAUAAAUAUCUGACCAGCACUGCAGCAUGCUUGCACAACUAUCUACAAAUCAUGCUUAAGUCUACACAGUACACUGUCCCAGUGUCACAAGCCUGACAUGCCAAGGCCAUACGAUUGAGUGCUUGCCCUUAGAAUAGUCUACUUAGCAAAUGAAU